AUGCUUACUCAACUCCAAAAGCGUGGUGGCUCCGAGGAGCCUUUUUGUAAGUUUUGUGGUUCGGAAGUUGAGUCGCUUGAUCACAUUCUUUGCACUUGCCCUUUUGCUUGUAAAGUUUGGAAGCUUAGUCUGUUGAGAUUGGAUUUUAGCAACUUGUCUCCAUCUUAUUGGCAAAAGCGUUGGUUUAGCCUUACUGAGAUUUGGAAAGAUGGUGCGGAUUCGUCCGCUUGCAUUAGCCUUGUGGCUUUUAUUUGUUGGUCUUUGUGGAAGAGCAGAAAUGAUCUUAUGUUUAAUAAUUUUCUCUGGGAGCCUUUUGAUGUUUCCAAAUGGGCCAAAUUGAAUUUUCAUGACUUCCGCGAGGUUAGAAAUCAGGAUGCUCUCAAGUCCAUUCCUCCUCCAUCUCUUCCUCCUCGCCCAUCCCGUUGGGUAGCACCCGGUUUUGGUAGUCUCAAGUUGAAUUUUGAUGCUUCAUUCUGCUCUAUUUCUAAAUGUUGUGGUGGUGGGGUUUUGCUUAGGAACCACUUGGGUCAUCCUAUACGGGUGGCGUCUUUUUUUCUGCAGAAUGUAUGUAGUCCUACUGUGGCUGAGGGUUUAGUGCUUCGGGAGUCUCUAACUCUUCUCAACAUGUGGGGUUAUUCUAAGGUUUUAGUGGUGGGUGAUUGCAAAUCGGUGAUGGCUCUCCACCCCUCCGAAGAAGCCCUCUCGGUUAUUCUCGACGAUAUCCCUUCCCUUCUGUUUUCUUGUGUGGGUGCCUUUCUUGUUUGGACCCCCCGUUCGGGUAAUGUUAUUGCUCAUCUUUUGAGUAAAAAGGCUUUGGCAGCCAAAUGUUGUAAUUUUGAGUGGAGCAUAUGGCCUUUGUGGUUGUUAAAUGCUUGUACUUCUGAUUAUAUUAUGCUUUCUGUUUAA